ACCAUGAGUCGCAAUAUCCUGCCAGCGAGCGUCGCUACAGAUCAUGCCAAGCUCGACUCUUCAGCCGCAUUCUCUCCAACCGCAGCUAGGUGGCACCCCGCCAAGGUCAAGAAACUCGCUGGUUCGGCGUGUGAAUAUUGUAGGAAACGCAGACGAAAAUGUAAUGGAGAACAACCAUGUCCACUGUGUGUGGACAACAAUCAGGAAUGUAUAUACGACAUCACGAAAACAGAAUCCCCAGGUCAAGUUGUCAAAAGGGNNAAGCACGCUCAGAUGCAACAAGAACACGACGAACUAAAAUCCCUUUUUGGCAUCCUUGCGACAGCCAGCACCCAAAAAAGUCUUGAGAUUCAUAAUCGGAUCAGAGCCGGACAGUCUCCGCAGUUCAUUCUCCAACAGUUGCAGCACGGAGACAUACUUGUUCAGAGUAGGAUCAACUCGGAAAGGCAUGUGCGACACGUGCUCCUUAGCAGUCUCAUGCAAACGAAUGCUUCUUUCGACGAGAUGAUUGAUUUCGUUGGCUUGACUGUCGCGAAGAAACCUGGUACACAAAUUCCUACCACGGCGCUUCUGCGACAGCUUAGAGGAAAGCAGACCGAUAUUAAAGGAUUUCGUAACCUUCUUGGCUACCCUCAGCCUUCGCCUCCGCAGCGUCGAAUAGCCAUAUCUGACCUUCUAAGUGAACAAGACGAACCACCAUCUCAGGCUGGAAGUGCUAGCCCGUCCUCUGAGGUCGACCAAGAAGACAACAUCAUACCCCUGGACCCACCUGUUAAGGUGUCGGCGAAGCCUUGGACUGCGGUGACGGACGAUGACGACCUGGUAUCUCACCUGAUAUCCUUGUGGCUACAAUAUGUCAACCCGUUCUUUCGGGCUGUGGAAGAGGAUCUGUUCAUCGAAGCUAUGCGAUCUGGGGAUUUGCGCUCGAGAUAUUGUUCAACCUUUCUUGUCAACAGCAUUCUGGGCCUCGCUUGUCUCUACUCGGAAAGAGAAGGUGCAUUCUUCCAGCCCGAUGACUACAUAACGCGAGGGCAACAUUUCCACGAUGAAGCAUUCCGGCUUUGGCAACUCGAAGAGGGAAGAGCCUCUCUAACAAACCUUCAAGCACUUGCUGUACUAUAUCCUGGGCAAGACAAACUAGGUGUGAGCACGUGUGCUAUAUUGACUCAACUGGGUCGGAGUGUGCCAGACACGCUUCAGCAGACUUCGUCAUCAUCAUAUACGCCCGACGAACUCAAAGCCUAUCAAAGAGCUAGGAAAGGUGUCGCCUGGGCUGCUUUUGCAUGCGAUGACCUGCCUACCCACGAAGAACUCGCGGUUGCAAAGUCAUCGAAUACUUGGACAGGUUAUCCCUAUCAAAACAGAAACGACUAUCUCGACAAGGAUGCUUUGUAUAUUGCUCAUUGUGCACUAAUCCAGCUGACAUGGAAAGCACAACGCCUCCUUUAUGCUUCAGAUCGGAGCGAUCCGCACUUCUUCGGUCACGUUGAGGCUCUGACCGAAGAAAUGAACCGCUGGAAAGCUGCGUUGCCAGAUAGCUUACAGUUUCAUGGCAGAAUGCCGGCACCAGUUUCUUGCUAUGCAAGUGUGGUCAUUGCAUUAUAUUCACUCUUCCAGCCUCUAGGGAAUGCUAAACUUACCCCCUCAGAAGAGACUUCAGAAUCGCGACCAAAACAAGGUUUCAGAUAUCAUCAGGAUCUGACUCCACCAUACGAGACACCAAAACCAACACCAGGCAAUGUCCAGGCCCACUUUGCUCGAACAAUGAGCUAUCGCGCGCUUGCCACUGCCCAUGCCCAUGCCGUUAGGCUGGCUAGUUACCGCCACCAUUACGGCUUGAAGAUCGCACCGCCUUAUUUUGUCCAAGCAAAUGGCGUUGUUUGCUUUACACUCCUUCGAGAUCUUGAUAACCCCGCUUCUGCGGCUGCGUUCAAGGAGGCUUUUCGAUGUCUCCUUGGUGCUGGCAUGCAGCUGCUCUGGGCUAGAGGUAUGGCCAGGAUGCUGCACCUCACCGCGAAGAAUACGGGAAUACAAUUACCCAGGGCUAUAGAAACGAUCCUGGAGGCGGUUGCAGAUACCGCAUGGACAAAGACUGACACGGAGAUGUUGAGUUCUUGCUGGCCCAACAUUGCCAUUGCCAAAGAUGCAAAGGAGGGCGAAAGCGUCACGAUGGAGGAUUUAAUCAAGAAGUGGGAGAAGCUUGCUGUUGAUCCAGCACUAGAGGAAGUCAAGCAGUCCGGCAGGUGA